UUGAGUGAUUAUCGUGAAUCGGAAGCGUGAACACAUCGAUCGUUUGGCCGUUCGCAGCGUAACGGGUAUUACUAUUUAUCUAUAUAGUAUAGAGAUUUCUAUAAUCCCUUCAGUGUCGCAAGUGGCGUAAUUUUUUUGCUUUCCUUUUUACUCUUAAGGAUAAUCAACUCACAUCAGCUGCUGUAUUUUGGGAUUAAUUUAUUGUUGCAAGAAAUUUUUUGGAAUAAUUAGUGAAAAUGUCCGAGGCCGAAUACGACAAGGAACAACUGCGAAUUAUGCGCAAUGCCUUCAAGGCGUUCGAUCAUGAUGAGCGUGGUCACAUUGAAUACAAUGAUGUACAGACCAUACUCGAGAUACUCGGCCAAAAACUGGAUGACAAAGCGAUUAAAGCGCUGAUCAAGGAGGUCGACAAGUCGAACUCGGGCAAAUUGGAUUUCUCCCAAUUCUGCAAAUUGGCAGCACGCUUUGUGGAGGUCGAAGAGGAUACGCCCGCACUGGCCAGCGAAUUGAAGGAAGCGUUUCGCGUUUACGACAAAGAGGGUAAAGGCUAUCUGACGGUGCAAGUACUUCGUGACAUUCUGCGUGAAUUGGAUGAUAAACUAUCGGCCAGCGAUUUAGAUAUGAUUAUUGAGGAAAUUGAUGCGGACGGCUCGGGCACCGUAGAUUUUGAUGAAUUCAUGCAAGUGAUGACAGGUUAAGCUACGUUUCUAGUUAAUGAAGUACAAAAAGUCAUAAGUGUCACCGUUGUGUUGCAGCAAUGAAGUAAAUUUUCUAAUUCUAAUUACUUUGACCAAACAAAAUUUUUGUUGUUAAACACUCAAUUUAUUGUUGGAUUUGAGUUGGAACUCUUUUUUCCCUAAUUUAAUAAUAAUGAAAAAUAUAUAAAUGCUAAAGUGAAAAAAUAAA